GGCCGCUGACUGAUGUAUCACGUGAUUCAAAGGGGAAAUAUGGUGGCCUUGAUUUGCGCUGUCAUAAAUAGCACCACAGAUCUCUAAAAACUUUAACUUAGUGAUUUGAGCUGUUAAUGGAAAGUACACAUUUUGUGUGAGGAUGAGCGCAGUGGAGAACGCGUACGGCUCACCGCCGGGUUCAUCGGCGGGAAUUGCAAUUGGCGAGGAGAUGGGACCGAUCAUAGCUGCUUUGAAGGAGGGUAGCGCCAUGACUAGAUACUACGCUAAUAGGAAAAGAACGGCACCAGAUUUAAGGAUUUUCAUGUUAAAAAUGGAAGAGUUUCAGCUUGUAUGGUGCAGGACGGGCAAAGAGGGAGGCAGACAAGAGGGUUCAGGUAUUCAAAAUCUGUGCGCCACAAUGUUGGUUUGGUCUUCUACACCUUGCCUCGGCCACGGGCUCCGAUGUCUAGCUGUACAUCUACACUGUUCAUUCAUUUUGUUGUUGUUUGCAGUUUUCAUUCGAGAGAUCAAGGAGGUCCGGCGCGGUUUAGGUUCUAAAGACUUCGACAGAAAUGCAGAAUCAGCGCGGAGGCUCGAUCCAAACUGCUGUCUGGCCAUAUUUUACGGCACUGAAUUCAAGCUAAAAACUCUCAGCCUUGUUGGUAAGCUCAAUUAUGCUCUUUGCCGGGAUGUUUAUAGCAACACUUUUUGGGUAGAGAGUACUGAGCUGUAAUAAACUCCACAUCUUUAAUGAUUUCGUUCAUUUGUUUAGCACACAGUCAUAAGGAACGAGAAUUUUGGGUCAAAGGACUGGUGUAUUUGAUGUAUGAGAGUCUUAUAGCAACACAAGCUGUGUUGAUUCAUAGGUAAGAACAGAUCUUCGAGGAGCGAUUGUACUUUUGUUAGGUGGACUAGAUGUUGAUGAUAAGACCAUUAAAUAGUAUAGUCCAAUCUCUCGUUUUGUCGAAGUGAGGAAAAAUAAGUUGUCUUUAAAAUUAGUGAUGUCAAUAAUUUAAAGUUAUUUUUCCUUGUCACCUCGCUUUUAUCGUACUCCAAAUUACUUGAAUUGGUGUCUGUUUUGUAAUUGAACAGGAUAUACAAGUAAAAGAAAGACUAUUUCCUUGAAGCGACUUUUCGUUAGUGUUUUGAUAACUUUUAACACUUAUGUGGAUCGUGCGUGUGGGUUUUAUUUUGUUAUUUUUUAUUUUAUGAUUUAGGUGGCUGUUGCGUGAAUGGAACGGCAUGGUUUCUAUCACAUCGGCACCAAAGAGAAAGUAAGUUUUGUUUGUAAGAUUUUUCUGUAAAGUUGACAUUAUCCUAAGUUUAAUUAAUUUUACGGCAGUGCACGGAAGGGAAUAAAUAAUAAGGAACGGCCGCAGGUGAUAAUUCUUGACAAGAACAUGUCAACAUUUUCAAAUAUAGCUUCAGCUCUAACUCAAGCAAUUGUGCAGCUCAAAUUUUAUUCCUCUUUUACAGUACUUACUGAUGUAAACUCUCAUGUGUGCGAAAACAUUUUUUAAAUUUGUCGGGUGUAAAAAUUAGUUAUUUUGUUUUAUUUCACAAUUUUUGCCUUUUAUUUUUAAGCCCUUGACAUUGUAAUGUAAAUAUGCAUUAUUUGGAAAUGUUAUAAAUUUUUAGCCUUAACUGGCUCUGGCAGAUCAGUCGGUGAUACCUGUAUGUGAUGCUGCUGAUUUCUGUGUUAUGCAUGGAAGAACAUUUGAGAUGUACCUGCAUAUACGUACUAGUUUUAUUAAUUUCACAUUUGCACUGAGUAUUAAAGUUUGUAGGGAAUCAAGUUACUUGUUCUUCAUUCAAAUGACUCUGUGUAUCAAUAAAAUUUUCUUUCUUGCUGCUUAUUUUAUAAUACAGGAUCCCUUAAAAAAUUAAAAAAAACACACACACAUAGUGUGUUCUCUGUUAUGCUUAUGUUGCAGAUGAAAUGUGCUACCUCAAAUAUUAGCAUGUAUCACAGUUUGAAAUAAAUAAUAAACAGAAAGUUAGAGAAACAGGAGUAAUAGAUGCAAUGCAUACAAAUGAAGAAAUAAUUACCAUAUUGGAAAUAUUAUUAUCAUGAUUUUUACUUUAUGUGCUUGAAUACAUGUGUGUUUUAAAGCACUUAUAAAAAUUUCAUAUUAACUUUUUUAAACAGUGCAUAUUCCAGGGGGAUUCUUUUUUGCGUUAUUCUUUUAUUUAGAAAAAUCGUUAAAAAAUAAUAUGUAAACAAAGAAGAUAAUAAAUAUAUGUUUCUAUAAUAGUGAAUCAAAAAAUAGUUUUUGCAUGAAAGAGUUUUUCAGGUUGUUUAAAUCAAGUCUUGUUUACAAAAUAAUAAAUAAAAUAGCGAAGAUUUGCCAUAAACUGUUUGUACUUUCUUCAAUUCUCUCUCUACAUCGUCUUGCUAAUUAAUAUUUUAAUUUUUGAAUGUCUCUUUGUAGCACUUUUGGUAUGAAGGAGUUGAGAGCGUUCUUCCAGAGAGCAAAUGUAAAGCUGAGCAAUUCAAGAUUGAAAGAACUCAUUCAGGUUAGAGAUUUUUGGUUUUAUUAAUUCAUGCUACCUUCUGAAUUCCUGACUUGCAGUUUGAGAGCUUGUAGAUUUGACUCCCAGGCACCACACAACUUAUCUUAAUAAUUUAUUAUUACAGUAGGACCCCAGUAACUUGAACACAGUUAACUCAAACUCCCCUCUAACUUGAACUAAGUCCCAUUUCUCUUGGAUGCCGUGACCCUCCUUUUUAGCCCCUUUUACGAGGAUAACUUGAACAUGGAGAAAUCAAAUUCUCUGCUAACUCAAACUAAUUUUGUUUCCCUUGAUCAAAAAUUACCUCGGUAACUCAAAUUCUGGUUCUUGCAACUGACCGUGAAUGCCAUCCCCUUAGCUCUUCUUCUUGUGCAAUUGGUAAAACCCUUAAAACUAUUACUACGGCAAUUUGUUUUAAUAAGUGCUAUGAACAGAUCAUGUAUUUGAUGGCUAUUUUGUACUACAAUAAAAAUGCAUAAUUGUGUUACAAUUUCUGAUGAGAUACGUUUAAUGUGCACUCUGCUGUAUACUGAAGAGCUGAAAUAUUAGUAAACUAUCAAUAUCAACACAGGCAGACCACCCUCUGUUCAUGUGGCAGUUGUUAGUCGAGCUUGCUUUCGCAGAGCGAGACUCUAAAAAUGCAGUUGUUUCUUUUUUGUCGGUGGGACCUUGUUUGUAGGCCACGCGUUCCUAGCGAAGACCAUGGAAACUGGAGAUAGGAAUCGUGGCGACUUUCACUAUAUGCAAAUGAGACUCGUGAUGAGCAAGUAGUAUAUUUUCGGCGAUGAAUUGACUGAAAUGACGCGUGUAAGUUUGGCAAUGAUGUAAUUUUCCUCGAAUGGAGGCCCUUGAUUUUCGUGUAAUUAUGCACGACAUGCAGGCACUGAUUAAAAAGGAAAUAUUUCCAAGUAGGAUGAGAAAAUAUUGUAGCGGGGAAAUCCUAUUUUGUGGUGUUUUAAGGCGUUACGUUUCUCAGAAUAUUGUUGCAAUUACUGGAAAUCUACGGUUAAAUAGAUUCACCUUGUUUUAUGUAUUUAAUUGAUAGAUUUUCGCAGUUGUUAAGAUGUGAAGUCGUGUUGCUCUUUAUAAAUACUUGAGAUAUCAAGUAUCCACUGUCAUGUAAUUUUUACAUGCGUACGUGCAUAAAAUUUGCGUUCGCAAAUAAAAUAGAGGCAAUGUAUGAAAGGACACACGUACAAUUAUGUAAGUGUAAAAGAAGAAACUCGCUCAACUUGACGUUUAAUCUCAACACUUUAUAUCUUACCUCAAUUUUAUUUACAUAAAUUAAAUUUAUGUGCGUUAACGUGCGGAGCCAAAAACGCGUCAGUGGAAAUCCACCCUAACGUUACGUAUGUGUCACGGAUGUGUUUAUACGGUUAGCUUUGAACUUGACUAUCCACGCACUCUACUUGCAGUACUUCAUGUCCAUAGAAUAGAAAUCCCAUAUCGAGCUUUUCUGGAACAGGUUGCUCCAAGAAUUCUAUCGCUUGAAAGUGUUAAUUAUUUUGGAACAACUGAUCAUUUCACUGGUUGAAAAAAGAAAAGAAUAAUCUUAAUGAGCAAAACUUCAAGGUUUACUGGAAAAUCAAGAUCGAGGAUCAAGGAAUCGGGGAUCGAGGUUAAAAAGAACUUGAAAAUAAAAUAAAUAAAUAAAUCGUGGAUCGGUGGUGAUGUGGGCCGCAGACUGUAGAUAAAUUUGACAGAACAUAACCCCGUUCACUGUCCUGAACACUAAUUUUUAGUAAAGUAAUUCGAGACUGUCUGCGUCAGUGAUUGUUUUGACGAGAAAUGAAAUUUUCCUGGAAAAUGAAAUGCUUUAUCCCAGUGAUACUGUAAUAAAAAAAAAAAUGUAACAUUUUUAAAUUUUUAAUUGUACAUUUGCUUGCAGUACUCCUUAUUUUUCUUGUAAUUGUUGUAUGCUCGACCCCACCAGGAAUGCUGAUCUUUUUAUUGCGCUAAAAUAAAGUUCUUAUCUAUCUAUCUAUCUAAAAUGUAUGCUGUGUACAACUCUAAACUUUGUACUCUGAGACUGUACGGAGAUAUUAAAAGUAGAUACUAAGCAGCUGUGGAAAAUGUAAUUACUUUCGCGCGAUAUUAAUAUCUUAUAAAACGGACAACAAAUUCAGGAGGGAAUACGCACGAACUGAAUUAACUAUGUGUUGUAUAAAGUUCUGUUAAACUUACCCAUUUUUCCUGUGCUGAACAUAUACUGUACUGAACCGUAUCUUGGUCCGGUACAAAGAAGCUAUGUAUAUUUAUACUGACAGAGUCAUGGGCCCCUGAUACCGAUAACAAUCAUCGUUCAAUUUUUUGAGCAUAAAAUCCCUGAAAAAGUACUCCUCAAUGGAGCAAUAUCAAUAUGUAGACGGUUUACAAAGGUUUCACACCGGUUUGAGGCUAAGAUGUGCGGCCUGUCUCUACUUGCAAGUUUUACUUUUUGAGUAUUUACAUUAUGACAUAUGAGACUUGUUUUGUAUUCCAAAUGAAAAAGUAGUAUAACAGCACUGCCACCUUUGACAACAAUAUCUCCAAGCAAGCGAGACUCAAUGCUACUAAGAGCGUUCUUGUUGUCAUUGAAAUUUGAGCAUCAGUCUUUUGUACUCAACAGAAGAUUUUUAAAAUUUAUUUUUAACUUUUUAAAAAUUUCAUGAGACACUAUUGAGCAGCACACAUACACUUCCAGUCUUCCAACAUUUUUACUUGGAAGAAGGAGAAACCAUACGCAGGAAAACUACAAAAACUUUUUGUGCCCCAGGGGAGAAUCGAAACUCAUGACCUCCAAAUUCUAAAUCAGAUGCUCUAACCAGUGAGCUACCAGGACUCUGCACUGUCUGUUACAAACUGUAACUUUAGCUACCGUAAUCCAUGUAAGUAAGAUAUUUUUGGGUCCCACCGUUGUAGCUAGAAUUGUGGGCACCAAAACAUUACAAAUGUCACACCUUGCAAAAUUUUUUUCUGCCUGUUUCCUAGACGUAUAACCAUGAGGUUUGCAGUUCCUAGACGCAAAUCUGUAGGUGUUUUGUGUUCAAUGUAAAAUUCAGUUCGUUUUUAGGUAUAUAUACAGGUACUCUUAGUUGUAUUGUAAAACUCCCUGAUGAUGUGUGCGCUAGUCACACAAAGGACGUGGGAGACAAUAAAACAAUUUUACAACUCAAGAGGUUCACAGAAGUGCUGCUCACUGGUUUAUCCUUUUAAAAAUACAGAUGAAUGUUAUGGUAGUUACAAUUUACUCCAAAAUUCAGAUUUGAGACUAAAUGUUCAAGUGAAGGUCUAAAUGUUAACUUAGUCACCUGUCAUUUUUUUUGCCUUCCUGAACUGUUUAAAGCAUUAUUUUGCAAGAUGAUUGUUUGACCUGUAGUUUAGAACUAAAGGAGACCAGGCUGACAGUAAUCAGCGACUGGCAUGUGACCUAGUCCACUUAAAGCUGAAACUGAUGCCAGCCAUUGAAUUUUGCAGCUUGUAUUGGAAACACCUGCAUUGGAUCGAUGAGAUAUGUCUUUAUGUUCUCGCCAAACCUCAACUUAAUCCUUCCAAAAUCUACCGAGAAAAGCGAUCCUGAAGUUGUAAGAGCAUGCAGCUUUCUCAACAUGAUCAGGGCAAAAUUCUUGACCAGUGGAAUUUGAAAUACGCAGUUUGCACAAAUCAUGUUGAGAAAGCUGCUCUUGCAACUCCAGGAUUGCUUUCCUCUGUAGAUUUUGUAAGGAUUGAGUUGACGUUUGGCAGGAGCCUGGAGACGUAUCUCAUCGAUCCGAUGUUGGUGUUUCCAGCCCGCGAAAUUCAAUGGUUUGGCAUCAGUUCUAGCUUGAAGUGGACUGGGUCACGUGUUAGUGGCUGAUUGCUGCCUGCCUUGUCUCCUUCUUUAGUUCUAACUAUCACUCAAAUGAUAAUCUCACAAAAUAACUCUUUAAACAGCUCCAGAAAGUGGAAAAACAUGAAAGUUGACUAAGAUAACAUUUCGCUUGAACUUCUCUUGAACAUUUAGUUCCAAAUCUGUAUUUUGGAGUAAAUUGUAGCCCCUGUAAUAUUCAUCUUUAUUUUGUCUAUUGAAUACAAGAGACCAAUGCUCAGAUUUCAAUAACAACAACUGCCACAUGAACAGAGGGUGGUCUGCCUGUGAUAUUAACAUGGCAAAUUAGGGAUUCAACUGACCGCAAUAACUCAAACCCCUGCUGACUCAAACUGUUUUUCAUUUCCCUUCAGAGUUUGAGUUACCAGGUAAUACAUGGAUACUAAUAUGUUUACAAAGGUUGCAUUUGUUUGACUUAAAAUGCUGAAUUGUGCCAGUGAAUACGUUUACCUUAUUCAUAUCAACUAAACGUGUUUAAUUGAACCAGGUUUAAGAAAUAAUAAAAAUGACAGUAAAAACAGUUGGGGAAAACUCGAACACCAGGCUUUACAUAGAUUCAAAUGAACUCCAACAUGUUUUGUAAUUUUCAGCUAAAUUUGCAAUCAGCUUUAAAGUCAGUAAGCAGCUGUUUUGAGGGAAACAAUUUUUAACUGUUGAAAAAACAAGUUUUUUACAUGUUUAUGUGCUUUGGUGUGAAUGGGAUGUAAAGACUGUUCCUGAUAAAGUGAUGAUUUUCAUGUUGUUGUCAUUAUUUAUGUGAUGUGCUUUUUUCCAUUUAAAACACAAUUUAUUGGUGUCGUAACAUUUUUAUAUGUAGGGGAUCUCCCAAAAUAUAUAUAAAAGUUAUGAAGCUGUCAAAGUCACCUGUAACAGUCACAUACAACUUUCAUCUUGUAGCUUAAAAAAUAUACUUAUUUUGUCCAUUUCCCAAUUAAUGAUGCGUCUUGAUCAAUUGGAAGAAAUUUGGACAAAGUUUUAUUUCAAAUUGGGGUUCCUUAAUUGUAGAAUGUCACCUGAACUGCAAGUAUUGUGACACCAUAGGUCUACAUAGUGAAAGCUAAUCUGUUCUGUUAUGGAUAGAUGGAAAGGAUUGUUACAGAUCAAAUUUGAAUUAACCUAGGUUGAUUUUGUGUAUCCUUUGUCUCCUAGCACCACAAAAAACAAAGGAAAUUGAAAAUCAACCUAAGUUAAAAAAAUCUAACCUGAAAUCAAAUUUGACCUUGAUCUUCACCUGCAUAUCCAAAAAACUAUAGAUUAUUAUAUUUUAGCAAAGUUAUACAAGAGGUAAAAUUAUGCCACAGGUGUAUCCAGCCAUGUACAUAUAGUCUCAUAGAAUGGCAGGUUGAACUUUCAUUUUGAGGUUAUAAAUCUCAUUUAUAGAUUAUAUAUACAGUAAGCUAAAACAUAAAUGAUUGCUAUAAUUUUAUUGCUCAAACUAUGAAGCAAAUUAACUGAAAAAUACUACUACAAACCAGUUAAACUGUUUCUUUUUCUUUUUGAUAUAAGUGUUUGGAGUGAAAGUUACUUUAAAUGUUCCUUCAUUUUAGGCAAAUAUAAAAUUGAGAGUUUAUUUCUACAAUCUAUAAUAGUUAUAAAUGAGAAUAUUAAUUUUUGAAUUAUAUCCAUAAGCUUGAUAAACUGUAUGAAGGUGUAAUUUACUAACUUUGGUUCUUAUUGUUAUUGGUUAGCCUACUGGUAUACACUGUAAGUCUUGAAUGCCAAAAUUUCCUCCCUCUAUUUUCUUCUAAUUUCAAAAACUGCUCUACAAAGUUUAUCUGUUCUCACAGGGCCAAUUAAGCUCAAUUGCUGAAAACUCAGAGUAUUUCUGUUACACUUCUGUAAGUAAAAUACUUUAUGGGGUUGUGAACAAAGUUUUCCUGUAGGUAUAGGUAAAAUCUGCAUAAUUGGUGACUUUUCAUUAAUAUAAUAGUAGUAAUAUAAAGUAUUGUAAAAUAACUAAGAUAGUAUGUGCAUUCUGAUUGGUUAAAAACCUAUGGUUUAUUUAACCUGAGAUCAGGCUCAAUUUUCAUUUCGCUUCGUAAUAACAUUCCGGCAGGCAAGGAGAAACGAAAACAGAGCCUGAUACAAACCUUCUAUGAAACGUCUGCCCACUUUUUUGAUUGAUUGACAUUUGCCGAAUCAGCCAACCAAAAUUACUUGUGUUGCUUGUUUUUCUAGUAUGCAAAUUUUUCAUGCGUGGGAAAAAUGCAGACUGGCUGAUUUAAAAGAUAGCUUUUAGCUGUUAAUUUUUUUCAGCUAAAAAUAAAACAGUCAGUACAAUCACUUUUAACUUCUUGCGAAAUUAAAGGAGAUCUCGAAGGUUAUUGCUGGUAGGGUAGAAGGUAAAAAGUUUUCGAAAAGACAGCGACACAAUGUUCUACUAGUUUUAUUAUUUUGGCUAGGCGCGCUUGAAUUUAAAAUACUGAAAUUUCUCUUUUGCUGUUGCGUUAAUAUUUUCCUCCACAAUUUUCCCCAAUUUCCAGUACAUAAAUCUUUAAAAAUCUUGAAGAAAUAUAUCUCGAACUUUUUCAAAGGAUAUAUAAAUAUUUCAGAGCAAACCAAACGAGUUCUCAAGUGUAUUUAAUGCAGUUGAUUUAGUCCUGUGCAUACACUUGCAAAAAUAUUUGCGAAUUUAUUAGAGAAACAAACGUCUAAAAACUAUAUUUAUUUUUAAAAAAUCCAGGUAACUAUUAUCUGUCACUAAAUGCAUGCUCAACUGACCUAUAAACAAAACGAAAAACAAUAUUACAAACACACUUUGUAGUUCUCCUUAGUUGUGUUGUUGUUUUACUGCAGGUCUAAAGACUAGGCUCGCUAAAUUUAUUAAUCAAAGUUAACAAAUAGCCAACGAGCGAAGACACCAGUUUUGCUGGUUUAUUUCUUACAAAAAGCGAAGGCAAACAACAAGUCUGUUUCCUUAAGACUAGCGCCACCAGCUUUUAUAAUAAUACCUACAAAAAUUCCUUGAACAGCGAUGUGAUAUUUUUCGUCUUAUACUUCACAGUUGGCGAUUGAGAAUUCUUUUGCAGUGAGCCUCCGCUUGCGUACAAUGUUCAGAGAAGUCAUUCCUGGCCAAACUUUCAAAUGAAACCAGUUUUGAGAUGGAGAGUAUUUUGAUUUGCACUCGUUUGUUGGUAAAUCAAAAGGCAGCUUGUUAGCGGUCAACAACUUGCAGAGGGAUUCAACUCCACGAUACACUCACAUUAGUUCUGUAACUAAAGCAAAUCUUGAGAAGAUAUGAACAACCAUAUGAAUUUUCUGAAUUUCCAUGGCACAUAUUAUUUUGAUUUGCACUCGUUUGUUGGUAAAUCAAGAGGCAGCUUGUUAGCGUUCAACAACUUGCAGAGGGAUUCAACUCCACGAUACACUCACAUUAGUUCUGUAACUAAAGCAAAUCUUGAGAAGAUAUGAACAACCAUAUGAAUUUUCUGAAUUUCCAUGGCACAUAUUAUUUUGAUUUGCACUCGUUUGUUGGUAAAUCAAAAGGCAGCUUGUUAGCGGUCAACAACUUGCAGAGGGAUUCAACUCCACGAUACACUCACAUUAGUUCCGUAACUAAAGCAAAUCUUGAGAAGAUAUGAACAACCAUAUGAAUUUUCUGAAUUUCCAUGGCACAUAUUAAGGCAUAUUUUCUUACCAUAAGACCAUAAAACAAUAAAAAAGACAGCAAAAUCGAUCCUUCUCUCCACCUACGGCGGAUCGUUCACGGAAACAACCACACGAGGAAUAAGCGCUUUCAACUUCUGGCAUUUCCGACAGCCAAUCAGAUCUUGUGACAUUGUUCUAACAGCCAAAAUCUGGCCGUAACGAGCACAAACGUGAGAGAGUUUGUAUCAGGCCCAAUUUUAGCGGUUGCCGUUAGAGAGAAUGUAGGAGAACCGAUAAAAUUGGACCUGAUCUCAGGUUAUGGUUUAUUGUGCUGGUAAACUCAUAGAAAAUUGAAACAUUUUCCAUUUUACUUAAAGUUAUUUAUAUAAGCAAUAGACCACACUUUCUAUGGGCACCAGCAUUAUAACUCACUUGGGAUGUUGCCAGAACGCUUGAAAAGCUUGUAAAUCUCUCAACUUCGGCUCGUGAUGUACAAGCUUUCCUCGUGUUCUCCCGACAUCCCUCGUGGCGGUAUCAUGCUGGUAGAUCCAUAGAAAGUGUGGUCUAUUGCUUAAAUAAAUGUUACUUGUUACAGGGGCAGGGGCCCCAAAGCCUUCAAAAGAUUUACAGCUAGAUCAGGAGAACUGCUCUUCAAAGUUUAUAUGUUCUUACUACUGAGCCAAGUUAGGUCAAAUACAUGUAGUGUUAAACAUGUAAUAAAUGUUGGAAAUAUGCUGUCAUGCUGUUAUAGACCAUUGUUUUACAGCAAGAAUCAAAACAAUUUGCUUGUUGUUCACUUACUUCAUGUUGCAGUGCCUGUCACUGGCUGACAAAGAUUAUUUAGGUAUUAGGAAUGCUAUUUUACUAGGUACUUACUCCCUAAAUUAUUAAUUGGGGAAAGAUAUUGAAACUUUACUAAAAAGACUGUUGUUCAAAGUUUAUGUGUUCUGACAGGGUCAAUUUUGCUCACACAAACCUGAGAAUUGCGAGUGUCACACAUAUGCUAAUGUAAGUAAAAAAAUGAGUUCAUGAAGAAUGUUUUACAGUGUGAAAAAAAAGGGAAUUUUCACAUAAUUGACCACUUUCCCGCACAUGUUGUGUUUUCCAUCAACCCACAAAGAUGACUGAUCUAAAAUAUUUGCUGUAGGGAUUACAGGCAGCUUCUGUCACCAUUUCCUUGCAAAUAAUUGUUAUGUGCAAAAAGGUUGUAUACAAUAGUUUGCUCUUUUUUGCAUGGACACAGUCAACUUAGAUAAUAUCAAUGCAGAUGAUGUUACUGUGAUAAAUUGUACAUGUAUUAUGUUAUAGGUCAAAAAUAAAUUCAGGUUGAUUCUCUAAUUACUUUGUCUUCUAGUCCUAAUUAGUCAUGAAUUAGGGCUAGGAGACAAAGGAAAUUGAGAAUCAACCUAGGUUCAACAAUUUUAACCUGAAUAUAAGUUUUACCUGUAACAUAUACAAUAAAGGUGCUCUUUGCAACUUUAGCCUGUGUUUCUUUCAGGUAUGUAAUUAAACUCUUUUCUUUUGUUACAGUUUUAAUUUGGUCAGUUGUGUUUAGUACAUGUAGUACCUCAUGUUUCUUGCUUUUCCAAGACCAUUUUAUAGGUUCACACCAAUUUUUUUACAUAAAUUGAUGUUAACAUAAGAUGUGAUAUUCUGUGGAUUUUGUAACCCUAAUAAAAAAUAAAAAUAACAAAUAAAUUUAAAAAUAAUGAGCAAUUAAUUGUAAAAUCCUUUUGUUAAAAGUGUUUACACUUCAAAAAAAAAAUCUCUGGAUUUGAUAUGUAUGUUUAGGGAAUAACUAUUUCAAUAAUGCACUCUUUACAUAAACAAUGUACGUAUCGAUAACUUUUUAUGCUUUGUAUGUACUAGAUAAUGGCUUUUAACUGUUAAUUAGUGAGUUUUUGUAAUAAGCAUUCUUUAUCUUGUGUAAGUAAUGAUUGAUAUUUAAAAGUAAUUAAGAAGAAAAAUUAAUAUGUAAAAUUUAAAAUUUUUUAGACAUGGAGGAAUCCUUAAAACAGGGGCUGAACACCUUACAUGGUCAAAUCAAACAUUUGAACAUUCAAGUUGUGAACAUAUCUUACAUUCUCAAAUAAGUGCUCUCAUGCCACCCAUCACUUUGAUAAAAAUCCUCUGCACAAACUAGUGAAUCAAGACAGACGAAGCAAUAUUUUUUACAAACUAGUGAAUCAAGACAGACGAAGCAAUAUUUUCUGACUUAUUCUUGGAGUUUUGUAAUUAGAGGAGCAACCACAAUUUAGUACUCUGUGAUCCUCAGGUUCUGACAUUUAAAACUUGUCAUUUGAUUUUGUAUGUAACUUUACUUUUUACAUGAAAGUCAUUAAUUCAAACUGAAGAGAAAAGUGUGGUUUUCCGCUGGCUGAGGAACAAAAGAAGCGGAAAAUGUUUUUCUCACACACGGCUGGGAGUAUGGGUUUGAGUGUACAGGGGGUCUUCAGGUCAGGUGGCAUUUCAGAAUUCAGUUGUUUUUGUUGCCUUCCACCAUUGCCUGACCUUCCCCACCCACCCACCCUCCAUGUGUUUUUUGGGUUGUAGGUUUUCAAGUAGUGCCUUAGUUCUGGUUAUUCUUGUUUGUUAAUCUAUUGUAUCUAGGCUCAAUUUCAGCUGUUUUGUCAGCUCUCUUUUUGUGCUGUAACACUAAUGAUUCGUAGUGUUGAUAUAAUAAAGGUUGGGCUGCAUGGUCGGCUUGGCAUGGCUCCCAGUUGUGUGUGAGAACAGAUAUUUUUCUCUCUUCAUGUUGAUUUAAUUUACAGAAUUUUAUUUUAACCACUUUUUUUAUUUGAAGCUACCAAAAUGUUUCCCAUGAUCCCCUCCGUGUUUAUGUCAGCUGCGUUUCUUAAUGCUGUUUGUGUUGUUUCCAUUGAACUAAUGCAUGGUUCUUUGCUUUUACAACAGAUUGCUGGGAGAGGAGAAGGCCAUGUUGAUUUUGAAGGGUUUCGCAAAAUUUAUGAUGAGAUAAUGACUGUGAAAGAGGUAAGUGUAAUGAUAAAGAUGUGAAAAUUGAUGGAGCAUGGUUGAAAUGUUGCUUCAAGAUUAUAUUAUAUAUUAUAUAUAAAUCAUUAAAUCUUGAAUAGUUUCUAAAAUUCUGUACUCAGAUGAAUUUAUAUUUUGUGUAAAUGUAUGUGUAAUUUAUGUUAAACAUUUGAGGCUUCCGUUGGAGUGUUUUUCAGGGUCAGAUCAAAACAGUGCCAAAUUUAAAAGUGUAUAUUAAAUGACGUUUUGUUGCCUUUACAGCUGACUUUGAGAUUUAAUGAUUACAUAGAGAACAAGUAAGUAGCAGAUUUUAUUGUUGUUUUUUAGAGUAUUGUUUAUUUUAGCUGUUUGAUACAAUGUUUUUCAACCCUCCUAACUUAGUGUUGAGACAAACAAUUCUAGUUGGAAGUAAUUAAUGAUAUGUUGUCUGUUUUUACUGCAGCACUUAUGUACCCUUAGCCAACUUUCAGAGCUUUCUUUUGGAAGAACAAGAAGUAAGGAUGCUCUAACAAAUGCGCUCUAAUUUUAGCAUUAUUGUAGUCUUGAUUGAAUUGUGCUAUUCAUGUACAGUACACUCACUCAAAGUAGACCAGGUCCCAAGUAAGAGGUACUACUUGUCUCAAUCACCCAGUUUCCAGGUAUCAAAACUCAUAUGCACUUAGCCCAGAGGCUGACAGGAGUACAAUUGUAUAAUUUAAAAGAAAUGAAUUAUUCAUCCCUGAAUAUCAAUGCAAUUGGAGCCAAGUAUGAAUUUUUUUUCAAAUCUAGCGUUAUUAUUAUCAAUAGAUAGCAUCUUCUCUGUGAUUUUCACUUGUUUGUAUGUUGUUGAACUCUCUGAGACUGCAUGGCUUAAAAACAAACAGCACUGUACGCAAAUGUAUCAGAGAAGAGUUUUGAUACAGUGGUUGUAGGAAUUCUUGAACAUGUGAACUAAAAUAACUUAAGAUGGUCCCUGAUUAUGCCAAAUCCAAAGUUUUGGAAGUAAUAUAUCAAACAUGAGAUGCAGUGUUUCAUCACCAGAUGAAACACCGAGAAGAGAGUUGAAAAUACGACGCGCAGCGGAGUAUUUUUGACGAACUUCGAGGUGUUUCAUCUGGUGAUGAAACACUGUGUCGAAUGUUUGAUAUUUCUUCUCAAACAAAAUCAUUUUUGAAGGAGAAAUUAAGGAUGCAAAUACUAAGCAGUGUUUCAUCCGAUUUCCAAACACUCAUUAAACAUUAAUUUCCUUUGUAUUUUCUUAAUGAAUUAUUAAUGAGUUUGAGAAGUUCAUUUUAAAUAAUGUGAUAAUUAUUUGCUUUACAACAUUCCAUUACAUUCUUGCAUUUGCAAUUUAGUUUUCAUAUCAAAAGUGUUGCUCAGCUGUGAUUAUUCUUCAGGAAUCUGGUGCUAUAGACAUUGAAUCUGUCCGAAGCUAUAUGUUGCAGUAUUUAGCAGAUGGUAGCAGAAGCUAUUCUGAGCCCUAUUUCACUGUUUCAGAGGUAAAUGAUUAUUAAGUAUUUAGCAGAUGGCAGCAGAAGCUAUUAUGAGCUCUACUAUGUGUCUGUCUUAGCUAGAGAGAUGUCAGUCUUAGAAAGAGUCAAAUAAAGGGAUUAAAGAAAGGCAGGGACCAACCCUAGGUGUUUGUUUUGCUGAGGUUUCUAUCUUCCAUAUAUAGAGGUGUCCAUUAAGGAAGAGUUGACUUUAAAACUUUUUAAUUUUUAAUAGAACAAGAUGUUGAUGUCAGAUCCUUUCUUCUCCAAUGAACUUAAGUUAUAAGACAGUACUCCAAGCUGGCAAGUAGAAAAAAAUUUUGGCGACCAAAAUUGCUGUGAAAGUCACCAAUUUGGCAACUUGUGUUCAGUGGUCACUUGCCAAGCUAUUCCCAAGAAAUUCUUGAUAUUUUGUACUAUUACACAGAAGGUUGUAACAUUAUACACUUAAUGUCAGAUACCAAGGGAAACAGUUAGUUUUGUUUUCCCGAGGGUCCUGAUGUUUCCCUAGACAAAUUUGUUAUAUUUCUAGAUUUUCACUUCAACAGCAACAAAGAAUAUCGGAGCAAGUCAAAACAGUCGACUUGGUACUUACAGCAACACAAAAUAAUUCUCAAAACCAUUGAAUGAAUGAUUUGCAAAGUACUUUCCUUAUAUCAUUUGCAUCUUUUUCCUCCACUAGUUGCUGUUUCUCUUCUGGGAUAACUUUAAAAAUCGUUUCUUUUUAGCUAGAGGCUUCACGUUUGAGUUGUUGUGUUCAUUCACAAAAAAGAAAACUGACAGUGUUUUUCAUGCUUUCUGUCAUGCCUUUUUCCACUAUGCUUUGACCACGUGCUGUAAUGUAUCCCGAGUGGGGUACAAUUCAGAGGUGGACCCAGGGGACGGGCCCUCCCCUUAAUUUUAGACCAAACUGAGGCUGAAGGGCCAAAAAAAUAUAUUGUUGAGACCUGGCUCCCCUUAUCUCAGGGUCUGGAUAACCGGGCCUCCCCCUUAUCUAAACAUCUGGAUCCGCCAUUGCAAUAUAUUGCUCAAAUGUAUCACGAUCGCGAUACAUUUGAUUUUAGUCAAGGCCAUGUGAGCAAGAAUCGACCAAUGGCAGUCCCUGUUUAGUUGAGUGAAAGUCUAGGAAUAUAACAAUAUCCAUUGUCAAAAGUUACCUUCUGCAACACAGGGGAGGAAGUAAAUUGGCUGAAGAACUUUUAGCUGCUGUAAACAAUUCUUCCCUGACUAAAUUUUUUUUCUAAUGUCAAUGCAUUUCUUUUAGUUUCUAGAUUACUUGAUGUCAAAAGGCAACAGUGCAUUUAAUUCAUCACAUUGUGAAGUUUACCAAGAUAUGACCAGGCCACUAGCUCAUUAUUGGAUUGCAUCUUCACAUAACACGUAUGUUACACUUUUUUCAAACUUAUUUCAUUUACCUAUUGUAGGGGGACCUGUAACUGUAAAGACAAAUUUUGGCAAAAUUUGAGACCCUUGGUUGCUGUGGUUAUGAGAUACACUUGGAUGCUUUUUUAAAGUACUUUUUGAAUUUUUUUUAUAAAGUAUGAUAUGCCACUACAUGUAAAAGCAGCACAAUGUUUUUUUUAAAUAAUACAUAGUGUUUUUUCUCUUUUUGCCCCACAAUCAGACUUCUCUUCUUGCUAACUAAGCAAGUCCAAGCACCAUUUAAAUCAAUCUUUCAGGAACUCAAUUUGCUGCUGCAUACUCUUGUACAACUGUUUCUAUAUAAUAAGGCUUCUAUUUAGGAGAAUCAUCUCCUCCUUUUUAUAUCCUGCAUUUGACUUUUUUUGACAGUUACCUGACAGGAGAUCAGUUUCAGGGUGAAGCAUCAGUGGAAGCGUACAUACGUGCUCUCAGGAUGGGCUGCCGCUGUUUAGAACGUAAAUAUGGAAUCAAUAAUUUGCUUUAUUUACGUGUAGUUACAACCUAUUAGUAUAAAAGUAUUUAUGGGUAAAAAUUGUUAUUAAGGAACAAUAUAUGGAGUAAUUGAUUAAAUUUCAUUUAAUGUAUAAUUACUGGUAUGUCUUAUCCUUGGUUUUUCUCUUUUUAUAACGUACAGUAAGCUCAUAAUAUGAUUGUAUCAGUCAUUUUACUUGCACCCUGUCAUGACAUGUAAUGCUUUUUUUUAGUUUUUAUGUGACAUUUGCAUGACAUAAACAAUCACAGAUUUCUCAAUUGCCGCAAACUAGCUACUUAGACCAAGAAUCACCUAGUGGAAGUGCUAUCUCUAAAUCAUUAUUUAUUUGUUUGUUUAUAUGUUUAUAUAUUUAUUUUAUUUAUUUACUCAACUUGCAGUUGAUUGCUGGGAUGGUCCAGAUGGACAGCCUAUCAUUACCCAUGGACACACACUUGUAUCCAGAAUCAAAUUUGUGGAAGUUGUGCGUGCAAUCAAGGACAAUGCAUUUGUUGCAUCAGAGUAAGAAAUAAUGUGUGUUUGUUAUUUUGAAGAAAAGAUGCCGAAAUUAGUGUGAUUUUGUACUGUUGCUGGUAAGAUUAGACUGACUUGAAAAUGAAUUUUAGAAUAUCAGGGAGAAGAAGAUUGGGGACCAGCCCUUAUGGACCAUCUCAGUUCUUGAAAAUAAUAAUUGUAUAGGUUUAGUUUGAAUGAGAUAUUUCCACUUGUUAAAUCUCGUUAAUUUAAGUUAUUUUUGGAAGAAUUUUGUCAAAGUACAAUAUCCAAGUUUUAUUACUUGUAGCUGCCACCAUCUCUUUUAGUUGCCUAAUAUUCCUGACAACAAUUCUCGCCAUUGUUGUAAAUGAUGUUAUUGUCAUUGUCACCAUCAUUGUCAUCAUCAUUGCUAACACUGUCUUGAUUGUCAUCGUCAUUUUCAUCUAUUAAGACAUUUGCUUAAUUUUCAGUUAUCCCUUAAUUUUGUCACUGGAAAACCACUGUAGCAUACCUCAGCAGAAAGUAAUGGCACAGACAUUCAGGGAUGUUUUUGGAGGUUUGUAAAAAAAGUUAGGUAGUUACAUCAUAGUGUCCAUCCUAUAACAUUGGAAGUAAUGAGGAGCUGUCAAUGAAGUGUUGAGGUUGAAGAAGGCCAAGGAAGGCAAGAUUUAUGAGUCAUUGAAAUAAAAUGGAUGGGUACUUUCAGCCUACAUAAUUUUCGAAUCUUAGUUUUGUACAACUAGUUUGUCAAAACGUCUUCAUGUGUACUGCAAGCAAUGUGACUAACCAGUGGCAAUUAGCUGACAACUAGCCUGACUGGCAUGAUCACUAUUUUGUUUUUUAAAUGUCACUGGUUAUGAUAACUAAUCAUGCCUGGAUUGAUUGCAGAUUUACUGUUGACUCAACCAACUGAUGCCAAUGCGAAAGAGAUGCCAUCACCAACUGCUCUGAGGCACAAAAUCAUCCUUAAGGUACUGCUGUAUCCAAGGGUUUUCCAGAAAAUUUAUAACAGAAGGAGAAAAAUUCAAGAAGGUUGCAGUAGGUUAGAUAGGUGCAUAGUGCCCUUUACAUGUACAUGACAAUUAGCCAGGUUUGUCAAUAGGUACAGUGUAUAGGAGGAGGGAUGGGAGGGGCAAGUCUUGCCACCUUUCUAUUGGGACCUUGAAAAGUACAUAUUAGUGUAUUUUGAGUGACCAUGGAAAGAAUUUUAGCUAAGAGGAUGGUUUCUCUUACCCACAUUUUUUUUUUUUUUUACGUGAUAAUAGUGUAUAAUUUCCUUCAUUUAAUAAAAGUGUUGUAAGACAAAUACAAUAGACUCACUAUACAACAUGAUAAUGAUAAUAUUUUCUGUGUGUAGCUCACACUUCUGAGCAGACUAGACAAUGAUUUUUCCUUGCUGUUGGAGCUGUCAGAAAACCUGGACAGCCUGUUUAUGACCUUACUUAUCUCCCACUCUUUAAACUACUUAGUUCUUCAAAUUUAAAACAUCAAGAAACAUGUGCAUUUGUUAAUUUCCCUGCUGAUGUGAAUUAAAAUCAAAUAAUUUACUGUAUGUUAUUUUUGCAGCAUAAAAAACUGCCUAAAGACCCCACUCAGGUUACAGACACAAGUAUUGGUGAUGCACGUAGGUUUAACUAGAUUGUUUUAUUUAUUUUUUGCUGUGAUAUGAAAUGAUUUUUGUUCAUUAACGCCUGCGUUGCAAGUGGAGGUUGGGUGCCCAUAGGCCAGGGGGCUGCAACUGCAAUACACCCCAAGGCAGAAGAACACCCACAGGCCUACCAACCCACAACCCAGCCACGAGCCCCCCUUGCCCAGCCCCCCACUAUAACACCCGUCACACUGAGGCCAGAUGCCAAGUGGAAGUAAAAUGAACAAACCCCCUCAAGAAAAAAUAAUGAAAUAAAUAAAUAAGAAAGAAAGCGGAGGAAGGGAGGGGAACCAAGAGAAACGCUACGCUACUGGAACGCCACGCCACGCCACGCUAACAAAGCUUCGAGUACAAUGCAAACACAGCGUAGGCACAUGGCCUCUGCAUGCGCCAAAGCGACAUACCACUAGACAGAAAUCUGCCCCCCAUGCUCAUGAACAAUGGUAAACGCUACAAACGCGAACAUAGUCACACAACAACGGUACAGACAACCAACAUGCCACCAAAGAAUGCCAAAAACACCCGAGACCAUAGCUCCUAGUCGUUAACUACAUUAAAUAUGAUUUAAUAGUAUUAAAUCUUAAAGAAAGGACCAACAUCUACAAUGUUUUGGACAUCACCUUAAGUAACUUCUCAAGAAAAUUACGUUAUUUAUGUUAAAUUCAGGUCAAAUUUUUUUGCCCUAGGUUGGUUCUAAAUUUCCUUUGUCUCCUAGCCCUAAUUAUUCAUGAAAUUGAGAAUCAACCUAGGUUAAAAAUUUUGACCUGUAACAUUAUGCAUGAUGAAAUGCUAGUUCAUUGUUGCUUAUAAAUAAUUUUAUAGAAAAUGUUCUUUUGCUUUUUAGUAGUAGAGGAUGAUCUCAGUCAGUCACUGAAGAAUGGAUACCUGUUACUAGAGGAUGAAAUUGAUCAUGUAAGUUCAGUUGUUAAAGUACUGUGCAGGAGUCUUUGCAGACUUAGAACGGGAAUCAUUGAAAUACUGGUUUGCCUGUGGACAUGCAUGUGCUACAUGUUCAUCAAGUGACAACAAAUGAUGUAGGGUAUGAUUUUUUCAGUGUUCUUUAAUCAGCCACUGUUUAAUUUGGAGGUAUGAUGAAAAGUAAGCUAUUAAUUACUGUAGCAGCUAUAGCUGUACUAACUUUUCCCCUUUUUAUUUACCUCUCAACAAAAGGGUUGGAAGCGACACUUUUUCUGUUUAACCAAGGACAAACUCUUUUGGACAGAAGAACAAACAAAGUCUAAUGAUGAUGAUGAUGAUGAUGAAGGACUGGAGGGAGGUGGCACUGGAGAAGUAAUUACCUUUUUAUUUAUUCAGUUUAGGGAUGACCAAACAUUAGACAAGUGCAAGUGUUAAUUGGUCUCUAAAGCCUGACUGUCUUCAACAACAGCAUAAUAAAUUAUUUAGCAAUUAAUGAAUGAGGCUGAGUAGUACAUUAUGAAGAAUUAAGCAGAUCGAGGAGGGUGUUAUCCACCGAGGCCGAAGGUUGAGGUGGAUAGCAGCCUCCAAGAUCUGCUUAAUUCUUCAUUUCCUAUGAAAGCCAAAUUCAUUAUUGUUUUAUUAUUCAUUCAAAAUAAUUUUUAGUUUAAAAACAUACUGCUAAAACAUGCUUACCUGCAUUGAUGUUAAGUUCAUCUUCGAUAGUGUACAUUUAGGUUUGUCCAGCUCCGCAAAUAUUCUCCAAAUAGCAGAUGUCGCCCUCCGGGUUGUCUUCUUGCUGUUUUUGUCAUGUUUUUAGCUAUUAUUUCACCUAGUUCCAGCUGUAGUUCUUACUCUUGAAACGAGUGAAAUGUCUGCCUUUUUUUUUCACAACCAAAACAACUCAACCUUGUCCCCAGGUCUUCUCGGUAACGGUGCCUUAACCUGUAGCAGGCUGCAUUUUUUACGUCAUUUCCAUGUUAAACACAAAAUUCUUCCAAAUUUGGUCAUCAGUAAAUGGUUAUGGUGGAUUAUGCGUGUGCUUUUAGCCAAUCAGAAUUGGGGAAAUAUUUUGUCUGGGCCAGGUUGUUCAGAGCUGGGUUAACAUAACCCAGGGUUAGUGUGAAUUAAAUUUGAAUUCAGAUUUGAAAGCUUAAAAAGUAAAUUCAGUUUAAUUCAUUUUGCCAAAAAAUAUGCGGGAAAAUGCUUUUGAACAAAAGAAAAAGAAACCCAGGUUAAAUUUAACCCUGGGUUAAGUGCUAAUCGCCUUUCGAACAACUGGGCCCUGUUUAUCAGUUAAUCACAUUUUUCAUGACUGUAUAUAAACUCAUGUAAAUAUUUCUUGUUGUAACUGAUGUAAAUAUUUUUGCCCCACUGUAAUUUUGUUGUUGUAUAUUUAUUAUUGUAUAUGACGACAGAAUAGCCCCAUAUAGAGGAGUUGUAAUAAAGUGUAUGUUAUGUUAUGUUAUGUUAAUCUCUCUGUAGCAGAAAUUUUGCGCAUUGAUAUAUGGAUAUAACCUUUAGUUUUAUGUUUCUUGUUGCAGUCCUCCAAAGACGAACUUCACUUUGGUGAAAGGUUUGCUCAGAUUUAUUUUAGUAGAAUUACAAACAGUACUAUGUGAAGCUUGAUGUUGUUGCUGAUUGUUGGCUUUCUUGACAAACUUACGACACUUAUUUUUGCACAGAUAAAUUUCUUCUGCCACACCCCUCCCAAGAUGGUAAAUUGAAAACAAUAACUGGUUUUCAUUGGGCGAUUCGAGAAAAUAUCCAUAACAUACCACGAACGGAUUUUCGGAAUUCCAAGGCCAAGGGGUGGGGUCUUUGGACUGGAAUUCCAAAGACAUGGAGGGAUUGAAGAUAUGGAAUUUCCACAGGGGACAGACAAAAGUGUAUUCCUUGAAAAAGCUUAUUUUAUGGACUUAAUCAUGUCGCAAAUAAAGCACAAACUGAGGAAGCUGCUGACAAUGGCAGGAGCAGGAUGCAAGAUCGAUGAACAAGCAUCCUUCAAUCUCACCAAUCUGGCAUGUGUUCGUGUUCAUUUGCUAAAGAAAAACCAACAAAACGUGGGCUGUACAGCUUCAUUGAUUAUUUUGUCCAUUCAAUUUGAAACAUGUUUUUUUUUCGACUGAGGACACCAUUUUAAUUUUUGAAGCUUCUGGGAUUAAGAGCAACUGCUGACCCCAAAGGCUCAAAUAUACUCAAUCCUCUUUAUUGUAAUAUUUUCUGAGUGUGCACAUGUUCAUUUAUGUUCUGUACCAGUUUGUGGCAAAGUAAAGUUAAUGUAAGUUGCAUCUGUUGAAUCCGAAGGGCUUGUUGAAAAAAUGGAGAAUGGGAACGGAAGGGGGGAGUUAAGUAAUAGAGAGAUUAAGAUUCGUGUUUACGGCAAACAGCAAACGUCAGUCUCAAGUUGAGAAUUUUUCAGAAUAGAAAAUAAGCAGAGAGAAACAGUCACCAACGGUUCCUGUGGUUAAAACUAGCAGAAAACUACUUAAUUUUUGGAGAAGUAAUAAAGAGUAAAGGGAAAAUAAGGGGAAAACUUGGUCACAUGGUACAAGUUCACUUCUACUGUUUGGCGUAAACAUGAAUCUUAGUCUCUCUAAUGUUAAUGGAAUUUUGAGGGCACUGGGGUAGAACCCAGUUUGGAAUUUCUGAAUGCAAGGGGGGGUUAAAAUAAGGAAACCGUCCAUGGUAUGGUAUGGAUAUUUUCAGAAGUUGCCCAUUUACAAGCUAGGAUAGACCUUUUGCAAUAGUUGGUCGUGUGAUCAAGGAUUUGUAUGGAAAACCACUGAAGCAUGACUAGGUGACAAGAGUUGUUUUUCCCAUACAAAUCCUUCUAAUUUUCCGUGGCCAUUGCAAUUGCUACUUUUGAGGUAUACGGCUGAAAAUUUACAGGUUGCUUGAUUUAUAUCUGCUUUUUCAGUGCGUGCCAACAAACUUUUUCAAAAAAGCAAACUGUUUUGGUUUUUACCGAAAGCUGAUCACAUGAUCAACUAAUGCAAAAGGCCUAUUAUCAUUUUAAAAUGGAAAACUUAACACUGUAAGGGAUUAAGUGGGUGGUAUUUUUACAGACAUCUCUCAAAAGAAUAUAUGAUGUCCGAAAAUUAAUACUAAGAUUGUUGUCUCUUGUCUUACCCAUGUUUAAAGUAGUUAAUUUUAGAUACUCUUACAGUAAUUUAAUGGCGUCUGUUUUAGAUGGUUUCAUGGCAAGCUUGCAGAUGGACGAAAAGCAGCUGAAAUCCUUCUAAAUCAGUUUAAUCGUGGAGAUGGCUCUUUUCUGGUGCGAGAGAGUACAACUUUUGUUGGGGAUUUUUCACUGUCAUUCUGGUAAGCUAGUGACCAUUUUUGGAGGAAUGAAUGCUGUAUUCCAACUUACUUUUCACUAGUAGUUUACACUCCAUAACUUAAGGCUAAAGGUUGUUUUUUAUUAGUUGAAUUGUAGUGUUUAUUACUGGCAAUAAAACAGUUCUUAUUGUCCUUUCAGCAUGACCAUUGAUUGUAAUCCAAAUUGUUACAGUUUGUUUUAUGAGCUGAUUAAAGUAGUUUUCCCUCAAUAAGUAGGAUUAUGCCAUUCACUGGAGUACAAAAUGCUUUUGUAUAAUGCCAUUUUAAAUGCAUUAGGCCAAAAUAAAACAGCAUAACUUGAUCAGGGCUAAAAAAAGUUCCUUCUGUUAGUCCGGGACAAGUACACGUUGGUUUUGUUGCUAGGCAAAUAACUUUUAAAGCUUAAUUAAUACUUACAUAAUGAGUGUGGGUCCAGCAGGGAAGUCAUCCUCUAACAAAACCAUUAUAAAGACCAGUAAUAUGUGGGCCUAGUGGAGAAGCAAAAUGUGAGAACUUCUUGCCCAAAGGACAAGAUGGAAUUAAAAGUUUUUCUUGAAGACCUGUAGAUAUGAACCUAAAUUGGAAUGUUGUGUUUUACAUCUGUUCAUUGUUUUUCUUUGUCCCUGAAAUAAUCAGGCGAAAAGGCAAAGUUCAACACUGCCGUAUCAAAUCCAAGCAAGAGUGUGGACAGACAAAGUAUUACCUGGUUGAUCAAGUGACGUUUGACAGUUUAUACAGCCUCAUCAAUUUCUAUCAGUCUCAUCCUCUCAAAAGUAUGAACUUUGAACUCACAUUGACAGAAGCAAUACCCCAGGUGACUGAUACUAUUAAGUAGGUGAACAUUAAUUUACGCAAAACACUGAUAUUUCAAGAAAAAUGUUUGUACUGAUUUUUAACAGUGAAUAUGCAAACCAAAAAAAAUCUGUCCUGAAAAUGUGUCACUUUGACACCAUAGUAAUAUUUCAUGGAUGCGAUAUGGUAUUGAUUUUAACCAUGUAUCAUAAUAUUUACAACAUUGAAUUAUUUUUUCUUUUCCCUGCAUCAUUGAUGACUUGUACAUCAGCCAAAUGCACAUCUUGAAAAAGAGUAAGUACACUGAAACACAUUGUUUUGUUCUACAAGGAUUUCCUGUAUCAUUUAACAUUUUUUACUUCCAUCUGAAUGUAAGUGCUUAGUUUUUAAAUGUUGUAGUUCAAAAUGAAAUUCAGUCAAUUCAAUGACAUAAUGAAAGUACUAUAAAGGGUUAUGCAACAGAUGAAAUUGAGAAUCAUACUACUGUAGGUUGGAAGCACCUGGCUUGAAAGAUUGGGCAGCUUGAAAUACUGCUUUUAGUGCUUAUAGAACUGUCAACUGCUGCAGGGCACCCAGGAUUUCAAACGUGCAAUCUGGGCACCCUUUAGCUCUUUGAAGAGCUGAACCUUCAGUAAAAAUAUCUUGGUUCUAUUCCAGUGAGGAUAAUAAAAUACAGUUGCCCACGUUCAGUGUAUUCCAACAGAUGUGUAAUCUUUACACGAAACUCCUGCUUAAAAAUUGUUAAUGGCAGCUAUACACAGCAAUUGUUUGUUCUGCUAGUAUAGUCAUGCAUGGCAUCUUAUUUUUCUCAACUUUUAGUUGGUACCAUGCUAAUCUCAAAAGAGACGAGGCAGAAGAUAUGUUGAAGAGGGUGAGAAAAAAUGGUGCCUUCCUGGUGAGACGAAAAGAAGCUGAUCAACCAACAGCAGAACAGUCAGAGGCUGCUGCCAUGCAGCGGGAUGAAUCAUAUGCCAUCUCAUUUAGGUUAAAAUUCAUUCCAGUUUUCCAUUUAUUAUUAUUUGCAUUAGUUUAAUUCAAUAAUUCAAAACCAACAACAACAAUAACAACAACAGUCAAUAUUAAUUAGUGCUCCAGGAAAAAGAAGAGAGGUAAACUACAUGUUGACAAUUAGCAAGGUAGAGAGCACAGCCACAUAGAAAUAACAGAUGCUUGUCGUGCUAAGUGGCUGACCAUUCUGAGAAAAGUAUUUACAUAUGUAUUAAAUAAAGAAAUACACACAUAAAGAAAAAAAGACAAAACAAAACAGAAACAAAAAACUAAGCAGCAAGGCCUGUGUACAUAAUCACCUGGGAAAAAAAGUACAUCAAAGAACCAAUAAACAUUUAGAGAUGAGAGAUUCUUUCAAGAGAUUUUUGAAACAAGAACGACUCUCUGAUUUAAGAUCUUCAGGAACAGAAUUCCAAGGUUUGGCACUGCUGAAACGGAUAUUAAAUUUUCUGCAAUUGGUCCUUGCUUUAGGUAAAUAGUAAGACUUCUAAGAGGCCAGUCUUGUUUUAUAUUGAUGUACUUUUUUAAUGGUUUUAAAAAGUUAUUAAAAGUGCUAGGAAAACUGUUUUAGUAAAAUUCGUACAUAUAAAGAGCAUUGUCUAGAUAUAUUAAAUCACAAAAUUUAAGUAGCCCUAACUCAAAAAAGAGAGGACUAGAAUGGAAAUUAUAAUCAGAGAAGGUAAUUCUCCUAACUGCUUUCUUCUGAAUGGUAGUAAGUGUCUUUAGAGAGGUUUGAUAUGUAUUUGCCCAGGUAAUUUAGCUAUAAACCAAGAAGGUAUCUGUAUAAAUUAGCUAGUAAAUAUAACCGAUAUGUAUAUAUAUAUAUAUAUCUAAUUUUAGAAAGUAUUCCAAUACAACAUGGAAGUGGGAUUCAAAAUGUAAUUCUAAAUAUUUAAUGAACUUUUCUUGUCUUAUCUGCUGUUAGAAGUACUAUCUUAACUAUGUGAUUUGUUGGCUUUUGAGAGGGGUGAAAUAUAAUGAAGUUUGUCUUGUUGAUAUUUAAGGAGAGCUUUUUUGCCAUAAGCCAAUUGGAAACUGAUUUUAAAUUUUAAAAUUAUUAUUAAUAAUGACCUCCAGUUCAGGUAGACUGCGAUUGGCAUAAAAUAAAUUAGUACCAUCUUCAAAAAUGUGAAAGUCAAAGAGUUUGCUAUCAUUACGGAAGUCAUUAAUAAUAUACAGAAGAAAUAAGAGAGGGCCUAGGACAGAGCUCUGAGGGACACCAUGAGUAAUAACAAGGUCAUCGUUGUAACUAAGAUAUUAUUAAUAAGAUUUUCUUACAUGUAUGACUUCGUCAUUUUGACUUAGUUAUCUGCAUAACCAAACUCAGGACUCAUAACCACAUCCACACUUUAAUGUGUCCUAAUUCUGUUAAAUUGCAGAGCUGAAGGCAAGAUUAAACACUGCCGAAUAAAGCGUGAAGGUCGCCUUUAUACAAUAGGCACAGCUCAGUUUGAAAGUUUGGUUGAACUGGUUGAGUUUUACAUGAGACAUCCACUGUACAAAGGAAUGAAACUCAGAUACCAAAUCAAUGAAGAUGUAAGCAACUUGAGUUUAAUUUGCUUUUAUACAUUUUGCAGUGCAACAUAUUGUAACUGGGGCCACCUAGACAAAGUAGCCAAAUCGGAUUACAGGAAAAUAACAAUACAUUCCAAGAAAGUUGGUUGUGAGCCAAUCAGCAGCUCGUAACAAAACAAUAAAGUACUCAAAGCACAUGAUUUGAAAAUUGAUAGUAAACAUUAUUUAAGCUGGAAAGUGAAAUGUUUCACCAGACAAUGUUUUUAUACAUGAAACUUUACAUAUAACACCCAGGAGAUGUAUUUGUUUGACACAAGCUGCUAUUUUGUCAUCUACCAGUAAUUUCUUCGCUACCAUUGCGCCAUUUUGCAAUAUCAAGUGACCUCAAGUAAAAAAUAUGACCAACGUUUACGUUUUUCGCGUCAAUCGACACCCUAACAGACCUCUUACGAAACUUGGGCUAUCUUCAGCAGGUUCAAAAGGUCACAUCUGUAGCUUGUGAUUGGUUGAUUUUGAUCCAUGUUGUCGAUCUCGUUUCAUGGUAAUUAUGAUUUACAAGUAACUUUCUUGGAAUGUAUUGCUAUUUUCCUGUCAUGCAAUUGGUCAACUUUGUCUAGGUGGCCCCAGUUAUAUAGUGGCACUGUAAUGUAGAUUUUAUGGAUGUAAAGCGAUCUUUAUGGUUAAAAUUUUUUUCAGAUCAGUUGAAUGUAAUGACUUGUCAGAUUAUGGUAAUGAAUUUAUAAGGUGAAAAAAGAAAAAAAUAACUUCUUGCUGUGUGAUAUUUUUCACUGCAAAAGUAUCACAAAAUGUAAUUAUGAUAAAGACCAAGGGCUGGAAGAUAUAUGUUGCUUGCUCACUAGGUUAAUAUGUCCUGGUUUAUUUGCCUCUGUUGUUCCCUUACAUGCAACUGCCACACUAUUAUAAUUUACAACUGAUCACUAGAACUUAAUGUCAGGGUUUUAACACUGUAAGGGACUAGCAUCACAUCUAGGGAAAAGUUGAAAGGUUGUAGUAGGGAUAGAGGUUGUAUGUUUUCCUGCCUCUAGAGGUCAGUUUCACAUUGUUACAUCACUUUAUUUCUUCUUUAGGUGUUAUCAAAAGUUGGUCAAGUAAGUUUCUUCUUUGUCAUCAAAAUGUUUUGAUUUGUUGAUCACUUUGUUGACAGCCAUGUAUGAAGAGUAAAAGGAUUUCUGAUUUGUUUGCUUGGUCAGAAAGAAAUAAAUCAAUUAACCAUUCCCUCCUCUUUUGGGAAAAGAGGAGGAGUAACAUUAAUUUUACGAUAAAUUUUGAAACACAGUCUUGUCUAAAAAUGAAAAAAAGAAAAGAAGGAAAGAAAAGAAAAGAUCAUUUGAUUAUUUGAAUCUCAUCAUACCUUAUACCCUUUUGAUAAUCCUCUACCUUUUCAAAGGAAAUUAAAUUAAUAGUUAAUUAAUUAUUUUAUUGCUAAAAAGAUGGGAAUUUCUUUUAGUCACCAGAGGAAGAAGCAAUUUAUGGAAGUGGAACUCAUUAUCACGAGCCUAAUAAAUUUAUAACCAAGGUCAGUAAAAUGCACUGAAAGUAUGCUACUUUUUACUUAAUAACACAUUUUUGUCUCAAUUUAAUUAAUUAAAUGUUUAAAAAUUAUCCAACACAAAGUGCAAAGAUCAAGUUUUGUAAGGGUUAUGUUGAAAUUAAGCGUCUUUUUUCAAUAGCCUGCUUGUAGAGCAUUGUGGGAUUAUGAAGCUCAGAAUCACGAUGAGAUGUCAUUUUGUAGAGGAGCAUUUAUAACAAACGUGAGCAAGGAGGAUGGAGGAUGGUAAGGACUUUUACCUGGCAUGAUCUUUCAUGUUUCAAGUUGGUUCUGCUGUGCCUGGCUUGCAUAGUCUUUAGUGAACCUUCAAUUCAUUGUGCUAACUGCGACAUAUUGAAAUCAUACAGUACGAUUGAUCGUAGAAGUAAUGCUGAUCACAUAUUAGGAAUUUGUCCACAGGCUCUCCAGUUAAGCUACAUCAUAACAUAACAUUUCUGUAUUAUCCACUCUGAUCUCUUGAAGGGAAGGGAUCAAGGACAUCAUUUUAGGGAGUAUCAUCUAACAAGAUCUGUUUGAUCCCUGUGCUUAUUCAGGUGGAUUGGUGAUUAUGGAGGCCAGAAACAAAAAUUCUUUCCAGCCAACUAUUGUGAAGAGAUCAAUUAUGUUGCAGAGGAAGAGGCCAAGAUGAAUAAAUUCCAGAAUGGCUGCACAGAUGAUUUUUCAGAAGUAAGUAUUUAAUGCAACAUUUGUUGUAAUUCAAUGUUCUUUUGUCUGGGCUCAUGGAGGUAUACAAAAAGUAUUAUGUGAAAGCAGUCUUAAGCCAAAGAAUCGUGCCUCACCCUGUAUUGUACAAGAGGAUGAUGAACAGAUGAUAUGGACGUGUAAUUAAUUGUCUUUGUUGCUUUUAUGUAGCCUCAAGAAGUGUCCCCAUUAGGUGAUCUGCAAAAAGGAAGCAUAGAUCUUCAAGGAUGUUUAGUUGGUAUGUAAAUUACUGCACGGUACUAAUGAAGGUAAUAAGAUGUAGCAUUUCAGGGCUUCCUGUGUUUACACUUACUAUAAUUAUGUUGUUUAACACAACUUGAAGUUUUAACUUAAAAUAUUAAAACACUCUUUUAACUGUCAAGCUGUCAAGCAUUUAUAUAAGUAGUACAACAUUGUUUUCGUUUAAUGCUCAGGGCAGUCUCUUAUAUCUUAAGCUACACUGUAAUGUGUUAUGAUUCUUAACUCCAAAAGCUGUUGUUCUGUUUUGUUGACACUGUAUUUACUUAUGGUUAAUUUGCAAACAAAAACGUUCUUGCAUUGACUAAGGCCAUUUCAAGCAUUUAACACCCCUGUAUCUAAUAUUAAUUUUGCUUCCCUGCUUAUCUUUAUUAUUACCCUGAACUUCAUAGAUUCAUUACCACCCAAAGGAGGCCAGAGACACAUUAUUCGAAUUUCCAGACGUGAUGGACAAGUUCUGCUGGAAGCUGCAGGAGAAUCUCAGGAGGUACAAAGUAAAACCCUGCGACUAAGAACCUGGAUUUUAAGAACCCUUUAGGCUAAAUUUUGUCAGUUAAGCCUCCUCUAUUUAAGAACCUGUUUUGCCUAGAAUUUGAAACAGGUUCUUAUUUUCUAAAAUCUAUGAAAAACUUCUGGACACUCAGACAAAUAUGAGAUAUGAGCUAAAAGUAGUAAAUACUCUUAGCUAUAUUGUAUUUUUUUCUUCUUUGGAAACUAAGAACUUAUUUAAGAACGUACAUAGCCUAAACGUGUGCUAACUACCAUUUAUACAAGAACUUGUUUAGGCUAACUUGGAAAAAUCCAGGUUCGUAGUCGUGGGGUUUUACUGUACUGAACUUCACACACAUGACUGUUUUCCUUGGGACUGGUUCAAAAUGUACUGAUUGUAAGCAGUGCUCCCCUUCCUUGACUACCCUGUAGACCCCAUCUGUUGUGAAAGGAGUGAUAAUUAUGAGGGAUUAUAUUGAAUAAUGGUGAAAAUCAACCGACAUACUGCAGGUACAGCCAAUUGGCCUUUAUUUCCGCUGCCCGGUUAGCUCAAUGGGAUAAACGCCGGUCUGCUGAGCGGGAGGCCGUCAGUUCAAACCCCGGCCGGACCAACACUCACGGUCUUUAAAUUACUGAGGAGAAAGUGCUGCCUUUGUAAUAACACCUGCAAACGGUUUGACUUUCUAGUCUUCUCGUAUAAGGACGGUAAACCGUAGGCCCCGUCUCACAAGCCCUUGCACAUGUAAUAAAAAAAUCUGUGGGACGUUAAAGAACCCACACACUCUUCGUAAAGAGAAGGGCAGGUACUGCCUGGUGUAGUGGUGUCUAUCUCACUUUCGCUCUCAUGUAUGGGGGUAUCAUUACUCAUUCCUUCAUUACUUGUAAACUGCACCUUAAGCAGUCUGGCAAAGUCCCCCAACCAGUGUUGCAAAUUAUCCCUGAAAAGCCCUGAGGGGAGUGGAUAAUAUGAUAUUUACAUUUACAUUUUACAUUUAGGAUUUACAUGAAUGGUUACCAGUUCUGCAACAAAUGGCAGAUGAGAGGCAAGCCAUAGUACAAAGAAUGGUUAGACAGUCAAACUUGAGUCAGGAGCUGUCUGAUUUGGUGGUCUACUGCCAGCCCAUACCAUUUGAUAUAGAAAGUAAGUUAGGCUCUAAUGAGGAAACUGGAAUGAUUCAAAAUGUAUCAAUAACUUUCUGACACCUUCAUUUCUCUUUUGCUUGCAUUAACUAUCAGAUAAAGCUCGUAGUGAUAAGGGAGAUUUUCCCUAAACCACAUUCACAGGACUUGACGGCAUCUCUUAAAACAAGAUUUUUUUACUGAUUUAUUAUUAUUAUUUUUGUUUUGGCAGAUGUGUCUGGUAAACAUUAUGAGAUGUCUUCAUUCCCAGAAACAAGACUAGAACGGUUUGUGAGCAAGAGAUGGAGCAAAGUGUUUAUUAAAUAUCCUUUCUGAACUAUUUUACAGAAAGCAGGUGAUCGUUAUGAUAGGUCCCUGUUUUUCAUCAGUUUUUUAUUUUUGUAUUUUAAAUUCCAACCCAAAGAUGAGUAUUGAUUUCCAAAGUGAUUUUUUGUAAGGCAAUUUAGGGUUGCUGCCUUAAGAUUACGCAGAGGAGCACACAGGGAACCAAGUUGAGUUAUUAGCCCUUUCACAGGAAAAACAUUUUUGUCUCCAAAAGAUUGCUUUAGGUGCUAUAGGUUACUGCAGUUAUGCUAGGCAACACAGUGUUUUUGUGGCGUGAAUCAGAAUUCUUUAACAGCAGUGUAGAUAUCAUAGGAAACAGUUCAGCAGAGUGUAUCCCAGGGGGAGCAGAAUAGAUUCAUCCAACUAUGAUCCAGUGUCAAUGUGGAAUCAUGGAGUGCAGUUGUGUGCACUCAAUUACCAAACACCAGGUAACUAAAUCUUGGGGCAGUACGCUUAAUUUACUACCAUUUAUGACACUAUGGUUAAUGAUUUGCACUUUUCUUUCUUCGUCUAGAACCUAGUCACUCAUCUUGUCAUAUGUUUGUUCAUUUUCAGAUCGAGCAAUGCAGCUGAACCAUGGUAAAUUUCUUGACAACGGAAGGUAACUGUUUUUGUUUUUUUAUAGAGUGGAUCCUUGGCUGAAUUCCAACCAUUUUGAGCAAGUCUGGUUACCAUCCUUCCCAGAGGCCAGUCCUGGGGGAGGGAAUGCAUGCAAAACAGCCUGCAAAAUUAUCUGAAUUUUGCCACUCUCUAGAACUCUUGAUUGUUGAAAAUAAGGGAGGUUUCAAGCAGAGUUUUCACUUGUCUGACUUUUGAUUUCUUUGUUUGAACAUUGUAGGUGUGGCUACGUUUUACAGCCUGAAUGCAUCAGGAAUGAUAAAUUUGACCUUUAUGAUAAAAAUGCUGCUGGUGUAGAACCAUUGACUCUUACACUAACAGUAAGUCAGUAGCUCCUCUAUUCUCACUAGAGAAAACACGCACAAAAGCGUAAGUUAGCAUCAAUUCACUUCCUAAAAUUCUUAGCGUGACCCAGGGGAAUACACGGCAUACCCACAGACCUUGUCACUCAGUUUUGAGAGCAGCGAGCUUGAUUAUUGAGCCAGUUCUAGUAACGUGUAGGUCUCAGCACCCUCGAUAGCAGUUCUCGCCCCUUCCCCCUCCCCUCCCUCACCUCAUCCUAACUACGGAUAUUGCAGCAGUUUUUGAGUGGGUACCGUUAAAACAAUUGCUCAAUAUGAUAGCUAAGAGUGUUUGAAUAAACCAAUGAUAUUUAAAACCCGUUUUAAGUCCCGAUUAAUUCAGUUGUCGGUAAAUUGGCGCGAGAUUUGCUGUCUGUUUCAAACUUUCUUUCCACACUCAAAAUGAAAUGCUUUUAAAUCCAACGAGAUUGUGCCGCUAAUUUAAGCUGUGUGUAAUAGUUGUUUGACUACUCAUUUUUGUGCUUGUGAGUAGAACCAUUGGUCGCCUCUAGAUUAAAUUAAAUACCUUGAUUUGUCUUUUGCAGAUUAUCUCAGCAAGACAUUUGGUGAAGUCAGGGCGUGGAAUAGCGUCCCCCUUUGUAGAGGUCGAGAUUGUCGGGGCACCAUAUGACAACUUCAAAUUCAAGACAGAAACUAAACGUAAACUCCCUUUUCUUUCAAUAUCAUCGUUACACUGUGUAAUAAGAACCAACGGACCUUUCUAACUAAAGAUUCCAAGCAUGAAAGUGUCUCUCUCGCUCUCUCUCUCUUUUUUUUUUUGAAUCUCAUGUGAUUUCACUUGGACCUCAAAUCUGUACAGGCGCCUUUGCCAAAAGACAAGAGAAACAGAAACAAAGGACUCAUUCGACAUUGACUUGUCUAUGAUGAGCACAUUCAAGAAAUAUUUGCUUGUCUUCCCUGUACUCUGGAGCCAGUUUCUCGAGGGUUAGGUAGGCUAGCUCCACCCCUACCUACUUUUUCUGGACCUUUUUGGGUCAUUAUGGCUGGGUCUCUGAUUAAACGACUCAAUUACUAUUUGUAAUCUGCACUUGUAUGUCCUUACACAGGGAAAUAUUUUGUUAUAAAUUUGUGUUAAACCUGGGUCGUCGCACUGGCUUUUCAGCUAAAUAUUUCGUCUAAUCAAAAGAAACGGAAUGCUAAAAAUUCUUACACAGUUUUGAAAGAAGCAUGGAGGUCCAGACUGUAACAAAAACUUGGCUUUGUUUUAUUUUAGCUGAUAAUGGUUUGAAUCCUGUUUGGUGGGUUAAAUUUGAUGUUGAUGUUAUCAAUCCUCCUCUUGCCUAUCUUCGCUUCGUCGUCAAUGAUGAAGAUAUGUUUGGUGAACCGAACUUCAUUGGACAUGCCAUCUUUCCUAUGUGUAGCUUGAAAACUGGUAUGUAUUUGUUAGUUAACGUGCCAGAAGAAAAUAUGAUUCCUUUUGCAUGUUAACCAAUAGGUAUAUCGAGACAGGACAUAUUUGAAGUUUGAGGAAAAAAUUCCUUUUAUAGGUGACCUAGCUGCAUAAACUCUCUUAUAUAAUUUGUUGUCAUAGUCACAGUAGUGUUACUUCUAACCAAGGGAGAGAAUUGUUACUUUUACAAAUUCUUUGAGGGCAAAGAAGGGUUACAACCUACACAACUUUGAGAAACAUGCUUUGCUAGGUUAGAGUGGUCAGCUAAGGAGCUCAAUCUUCUUUUUCUUAAAUCAAGUCAGUUUGAAUUUUUUCCCUAUAGUUACAGCAUUGUUUUCAUAUCCCAGCAAAGGUAAACAAAGGUUUGUCUUCUUGUCGUGGUGUCUUGAAUCCCUGACAGGAAUCGAACCUCUGACGUCUCCCAAACGACGGGAAGGCGGCGCACUACCUUUGGAACUAUGAAGACUGAGACUCAUGGCGAGCAAGGCGGCGGUGCGCCACCAUGUUCAUAUAUCACGUACUUCCUGAGAGCUGACUGUAUGAAAGAUGCCGAUGCCUGUGACGGGACGGUUAUCGCAUCUUUGUCUAGAAAUUAACCAUCUUGUCAUGUUUUAUUUCUUUGCACUUUUUUGUUGUAUACAGGUUACAGGUCCGUUCCACUGAAGAAUGCUUACAGUGAUGAGUAUGAACUGAGCUCCUUACUGGUUCAUAUUGACAUCAGAAGUGCUAUGGUAAGCCGGCAUUAACCUCCUCCCCUUCUUCAGCUCCCUUCACCUGGAACCAUGCAUUGGUUACAUAAUAUGAGCAUAGAAAAAUUACUAGAAUAUAAUCUUCCGUAUGCCUCUAGUGAAAGGUAACAAAUUAACUGUAAAAUAAACACAGACCAGUAGAAAAUUCCAAUCCACGUGAUUCAAACACAGCACACAGUUGGUGAAGUUAACUGCUCUUAAGCUGUUACAAGUGUACGUACAGUACAAGUGAUUUUUAACCUUAAGUUUUCAUUCCCUACUCUAAACGUAUUAUGGACACUACAGUUAUUUUCUUUUUGAAAACGUCUUGCAACCUCUAUCUACUGUCUUCGUUACCAAUUGUUUCCUUGAUUGCGAGUUAGGGUUAAGUUAAAAAAAGAACAAAGGAAAACUCACAGGAAAAUCAAGAAUGUAAUUAUUGACAUUCUGUAUCGUAGAGAAUGAGUAGAGUACUGGGGACCUUGCGGGUUCGUUCUGUUGAAUUGUAGCAGUGAUCAACUGUUCCUGUUAAUUUGUGCUCCUUGUUAGCUUUUUGUAACCUUGCUUUGAUAUUUUUGACAGGGUGGAGAUGAGAACCUGUAUGCAUCUAUCCAAGUACUGCGUGACAAGGUUGAAGAAAUAUCACAUCAUAUGCAGGACGAGGAGCUGAAAGCUCGUGUAACAAUGUCCAAUUUACUGAGCCAACACACUGGACCUCAGUCGCUUGAACAGUUUCAAGAUCAUCAUGAACAUCAGAUGGAAAGUCUUGGAAAACAGCUUAAACAGCAGCAAGAUGAUCUACGUAAAUUGCAGAAGGAAAGAGCCGCCAGGUAUGCUGCUGUAUACAAUUGGAAAUUUUAUUUCAGGUCAUUCAGACAUUCAUGUUGAUCAUAGUUAGAACUGAGAAAGGGAUUCAGCAGCAAGUAAAGACCAUCACUAGCUGUAGAUUGAACGAGAUUUGUGUGUUUUUUUCACUGUGACAGUAAAGUGUAGUGGCACUGCUACAUGUGAAACGUAAAGGAAAUGAAAGAAUUUUAUAUAUUUAGUUUUUUUUUAUCAAUUAUUUGUGCCCUAAGACUUAUGUUUAGAGCAAAUGGCAAACGUCAGAUUCAAAUCGAAAAUUCUCAAAUUAGGAAAUGAGCAGCUAAACACUGUCCAAAACAAAUUCUUAUUGAUAAAACUGGCAUGAAUCUACUUAUCUUUUUGAAGAUGUUAGAACCUACAGUAAACUGAGACAAGUAAAAGGAAAACUUUGUCACGUGGCACAAACUCAUGCUCGCCGUUUGCCACAAACAUCAAAAUUCUAAAUCUCCCUAUUUUCUUGAAAAGAAUUUAUUCUGUCUAUAUGAUAUUGCAUGUUGCAGUAUAUAAUAUUGCAUUUUGCAGUUUGAAUAUCAGGUACCAGAAAGAGCCGUAACCAUUAAGACACGAAACUUCUUUUGGAGUUAUCAUGUGGUUAACAAAAAAUUUUUUCUUUACAGGUCAUCUGGCCGAGGACGAAACCGCUACCAAUAAGAAACUUCAUGAGAAUGUAGCUUAAACAUACUAGAAAAAUAACUUGUUAUAGUUAUCAGUUUUUACAGUCAUCUCCCACCAUGGAGUACACCCAUGAGUACACAAUAAUCCAUACACCUCCGGUUUCUUCACCAGAGGUUUCUACUUCUCUUUGUAAUAACGAGGUGUACGAAGGUGACUGUGAUGUAUUAUGGUCUAGGUUAGUGUAGAAUUUUAACUGUGGGUUUCAAGAUGAGAAGGUCAUCUCAACUAAUUUAAAUUUCUGAUGUGUUUAAAUUGCUGAGGGACCUGUUAUGGUGACGCAAAUUGAACACAAAAUGUGAUUGUUUGCAGCCGUACUAUUGAUCAUAAUUUAUAACGGUUUGCUGUGAAUGUAAAGAAGAUAAUAAUUAUGUCGCUUUCCACAGGAAAGUUAGGCUGUGAUAGUUCAUUAGUUAUCUAAAUUGAAUUUUUAGGCAAUUUGCUUAAUUCUUUGGAUUUAAUUACGUUAGUAUUUAGAGUGGUGGAUUCAUUUUCACUGACUCGCGCGUAUUGCCGUUGCAUUUACCCGUUGGAAUAUUGUUUGUAAGAGUAAAAACAAUAAACAAUCCAACAGGUGAAUGUGAUGGCUAUACCCGUAUGCGGCAAAUCAACUGAUCCACCCUGAGGAACAGUGAAGCCUUGUUAACAGGUGUUAAGAAUUGUUGUUUUUACCCAAGAAGUUUAACUCGACUUGUAUGAGGUGAAGGAGAACCGACUCUGAGCUCAUGUAGGCUUCGUUAUUAAUGCUGGGAGCAAAGCUGAUAAAAUUGAAUAAGUGUUUCUUGCCUUCAGUUGUUCAUCUCAUUUGUGGGAUAUGAUAUCUGCCAUCGCUUGGAUUGGAUGCGAGACAGCAAGCUGAAAAAUGUGACAGCUUGUGUAUUUCCCUGUAAAUAUGUCUUCAUAUCUUCUUGUUAAAUAUGUGAAUAGAAGGCAGAAACCUUACUCGUCUCUUUUGAUAAGCAGAAUUACUUAGUCAUUAAGAUUAAACAGGAAUCCCGUUUUCUCACUCUUUCUUGGAAAAGAAAAUUGGUUCAAUCUACCGGGAAGUUCCCGAAUCAAAUAAGGAAUGAAAUUAGUGCAGUAUGACUGUGGUAGGAAAGCCAGGUUGGAUUCAACUGUAUUGGUUACUUUGUCGAUGUUAAACAUAACAGGAAUGAUUCAGCUGUGGGCUUGAUACAAAGUCAACAGUAUUAACUAUCAAGAGAAUUUCGUGGAGAUACGACCUUGAUAAUAUACAAAAUGGAACACAAAUUCAUGAAUAAUUGUUUCAUGUGUACAUACAUUUAUCUUCAAUUCACUGCUGUUUAGUCGAUCUUAUGGCCUUUCAAAAUUGAUAGGUCCAAGAAUUUUAGCCACCCUCAGUCACCAGUCCGCUUUUACUUUCCUUCAUUAGUGAGGCUUGAUUUUCCGCAAGGACCUUCAGGAAUGUGCGAAAAUGAUGGCCUCAAAAAGAUUAAGUUAAAUUAAGAUAACAAACGAACAAAAUUACGGAGACCUAAAAACGUGGCAACCAUUACAAGUGGCAUGCAUGCAUUUAACUAAUAUACUUAACUGCUUACAAUCCCUGAAUGCCAAUAUUUGAAGACAAACCACAAUAUUCAAGGCACACACAGAUGCAAAGCACAUACCUUCAAAUAUUUGAUACAAAAACACUUCGGGUUUACAAAGGACUCCAGUGAUUAGUCUUUCAGGUUUCUUUUAAGAGUACAGCUCAUUCUCAACAUGUAGGCCGAGUUCCAUCGUCACUGAAUCUGAUGCAAAUGAGCCGAACAAUAUUUUUCCCCAUAAGUAUUAAAUUUGGCAUAGAGUCUCUGAACGCGGGCGUUUGUAUCCUUGUUUGAAGUAGUUUUAAAAUAAUUAAGUACCCAUAGUGGAUGGGGAGACAGUGUAAAACAAUGUUCUUUUUCUAAGUUUAUCAGUAGCUCUUUUGUUUACGUCUACGUGUUAUAUGAAGUAUAUCUGGCAAAUCAGUGAUCCAUUAUGCUAAUUUUUGUGAAUAAACGUAUUAACGAU